AUGGAUUAUGGGCAAACGAAGAGGCAGAGCGCGACCACCAGCGCCACGGGGGGCGGCGGCGGCGGCUCCUCGGCGUCGUCGUCGUCGUCCUCCUCGGCGGCGUCCGGCGUGGGCGGCUCGUCGUCGUCGGGGGCGUCGGAGUCGUGGUACGUGGCGCUGCUGGGCCUGGCCGAGCACUUCCGCACGUCCAGCCCGCCCAAGGUGCGCCUCUGCGUCCACUGCCUCCAGGCCGUGCUGCCCCGCAAGCCCCCCGCCCGCGUCGAGGCCCGCACCCACCUCCAGCUCGGCUCCGUCCUCUACCACCACACCCGCAACGGAGAGCAGGCCCGGGGGCACCUCGAGAAGGCGUGGUUGAUAUCACAGCAAAUUCCUCAGUUUGAGGAUGUCAAGUUUGAAGCAGCCAGCCUCCUCUCUGAGCUAUAUUGUCAAGAGAACUCGGUUGAUGCGGCGAAGCCGUUGCUGCGAAAGGCCAUCCAGAUUUCCCAGCAGACUCCAUACUGGCACUGCCGCCUCCUCUUCCAGCUUGCACAACUCCACACGCUUGAAAAAGACUUAGUGUCAGCCUGUGAUCUUCUGGGAGUUGGAGCAGAAUAUGCCCGGGUGGUUGGGUCGGAAUACACAAGAGCAUUGUUUCUACUCAGUAAAGGCAUGCUGCUUCUCAUGGAGAGGAAGCUGCAGGAGGUGCACCCGCUCCUGACUCUCUGUGGGCAGAUUGUGGAGAACUGGCAGGGAAACCCCAUCCAGAAGGAGUCGUUGCGGGUGUUCUUCUUGGUGCUACAGGUGACACACUACCUGGAUGCUGGCCAGGCCAAAAACGUCAAGCCAUGUCUGAAGCAGCUUCAGCAGUGCAUCCAGACCAUUUCAACCCUCCACGAUGACGAGAUCCUGCCCAGCAACCCUGCGGAUCUCUUCCAUUGGCUGCCCAAGGAGCACAUGUGUGUGCUGGUCUACUUGGUGACAGUGAUGCACUCGAUGCAAGCCGGCUACUUGGAGAAGGCUCAAAAGUACACCGACAAAGCGCUUAUGCAGUUGGAGAAACUCAAGAUGCUGGACUGCAGCCCAAUCUUAUCGUCCUUCCAAGUUAUCUUGCUAGAGCAUAUCAUCAUGUGCCGGCUUGUCACGGGGCACAAAGCUACGGCGUUGCAAGAGAUCUCUCAGGUUUGCCAGCUCUGCCAACAGUCUCCCAGGCUCUUUUCUAAUCAUGCGGCUCAGCUGCAUACUCUUCUGGGGCUGUACUGCAUUUCCGUCAACUGCAUGGACAAUGCGGAAGCACAGUUCACCACAGCGCUGCGGCUUUACAGUUUGUUGGAAAGGAUAAAUCCAGACCACAACUUCCCUGUCAGCUCCCACUGUUUGCGGGCUGCCGCCUUCUACAUCAGAGGACUCUUCUCCUUCUUCCAGGGGAGGUACAACGAAGCCAAGCGUUUUUUACGGGAGACGUUGAAAAUGUUAAACGCAGAAGAUCUGAACCGCUUAACAGCCUGCUCCCUUGUUCUCCUGGGUCACAUCUUUUAUGUAUUGGGGAAUCAUAGGGAGAGUAACAACAUGGUGGUCCCAGCCAUGCAACUUGCCAGCAAAAUCCCCGAUAUGUCUGUGCAGCUGUGGUCCUCGGCUCUCUUGAGGGAUCUGAACAAAGCAUGUGGGAAUGCGAUUGACGCCCACGAAGCCGCACAGAUGCACCAGAACUUCUCUCAGCAGCUGCUCCAAGACCACAUCGAGGCUUGUAGCCUCCCAGAGCACAACCUUAUCACGUGGACAGAUGGACCGCCUCCCGUACAGUUUCAGGCGCAAAACGGACCCACGACCAGCCUGGCCAGCCUGUUGUGAAAGAGCGACACGUUGCCCGAAAAGAAGACAGCUUUCCUUAACACUGAGCUUUUUUUAUACGUCGGAUGGGCUGCAGAUCCCUCCUCUAGUGGGGUUUCUCUAGGAUUCCUCCUCCAGAACCUUGCAGGAGAUGUGCUUGGGAGCCCAUUUCAGAGACUCGCCAGUGUGAUGCAGGCAUUUGGAACUCUUCAGAUUUCUGCGUGGGAGUGUUAUCACUUGGGUUGUGUGUGUGUGUUGGCAUGUAGCAUUGUGAGAGGUGGGCGGGCAGCUUUCAGUGCAUCCCCCUCCCUGUUGCUCAGAAUUAGGUUUUACAUUAUUCCGAGACAGAGCUCCUUCAGUUGGGCUGGAUCUUAGCAUUAUUUUUUUAAAUAAAGGAAAUACACCCUCUUAUAAUGAAGGAAAAGGCCCAGCAUUGGUAGAAAGAAGGUGUUUAAAAAAAAAAAAAAAGCCCAAACUUCCUUCUUGUGAAUUAAAACCAUCCCUGAAAAUCCCACAUUGUUCUUUUAACUUGUGCUGUGUUGCCCUGAUUGUGCCUGAAGGUGUUAGAUUGUUUUUUCCCGAUGAAGCUCGCGUUGGAGAAGGUCCCACGGUUGGUGGCCAUUCCACGUUACUAAUGCAGGCUGCAUGCUCACUGUCCAUGUAGCUGUGGCUGCCUCUCACAUGGGAUUUGGUGCCGUGGGCCUGUUGUGCACGUUUUGAAAAGACCAGCACAUGAAGGGCAGAAAGACAGCAGCGCAUACUUCUGUGCGGUGCUUUAAACAGUCUUCAUACUCCAUCUUGGAGGGCAGUGGCCGGAAUCCGGAGAGACUUCAGGAUAGUCUGAGCUCUUCCCAUAACCCUGGGUUUAACCUCCUUUAGCUCCCCAGAAGGAUACAUCUAAUCCCUUCUGUUUUCUAAAACAGUUUUUUGUUCAGCCUCGCUUGCUUGCGAAUCUGCGUUAGAGGACUUUCCCCAUUUCCCUGUUCUCGAAUGUAAAAAAAUCACUUUCCUGUUCUCUAAUGUAAUUGUCUCCCAUGGCAAGCAGUGCCACUUUCCCAGACCGAUGAACACCGAAUUUACAAGUGGACCUCUGGGCUUAUCUGGUGUUUGCUUACAGUAAGGGCUUCUGGGAGAAAGUGCUCCCGAAUGCAGAGCUGAGCUUCCUUGAAAGUCUGUGCGUUUUAUUAAGUCCUUAUCGUCGUGAGGAUGUGCUCGAAAGGUCUUGGCAACACUGCCCUGAAGUCUCGGGAGCCAGUGGAGGGACUGUCAAAGAUGGAUCAAGGUGGGCUCUGGUGUCCAGUCGUGCUCCUUGCCUCUUCCUCAUAACCCAGCACGGUAAAAAUGGCGGGCAGUCGCACGCAAGCCGAGGAAGAAAUGCUGGUGUAUUCCAUUUGCAUAGAUUUCCAUUAAAGAAUUCAGCUUUUUUUGGGAGGGGGGGGGAGUAAAAUGUUAAAAAAAAUGUUCACGGAGUGGAGACGUAGCCUUGCUUACUGGUUUUAAUUGCGUUCCUAAUUAUGAAUUAGCACUACGACAGUUGAUCAUGUGAAAACGGUUAGCCUCUUGCUGAACGGGAAGAUUGGUUUUGCUGCCACCUCUCCCCCUCUCCCCUCGUGAAAUUGGUCCAGGAGAAACCAGCUUUGCGGCGCAUGGAGAGAAUACCUGGGGAGAAACGGGAAGGAAUUGUGGGGAGCGCAGGUAUGGGGGAGGAUCCAGAGGUGAGAAUCCCUUGCCUUUAGACCCCUCCCCAGGAUGACUGAGCUUUGAUUGGAAUAUAUGCUAGUAUAGAUCAUGUUCAUUCACAAACACAGCAAUAAUGCGGCAGCUGCUGGAUACACCCCAGUCGGAAGCAAUUAACGGUCUUUCGAUCACGCCAGUGCUGACAGGAAUUUCUUACCCUUGGAAGAGAGACAAAAGUGUAAUAAUAGUUCAUACAAUGAGUUGUCCUUUGACAGUCCUUGACCGGUGGGCCGGCCAGCCCUAACACCGACAGACGCAGGCACAAAAGUAUGGCUCCAUUACAAAGCCAGUGGAAGCGUACAGGUCCUCCCGGUCACCCUCUGGUGAGCUGGAUGCAGGGCUGCUCUCUUCUCCGUCACCUAGGACAGCGGUCUUCAACCUCUCCAGGCACCCUGGAGCUUGCGUGUGCCUCACGGAAAGAGAUGUGACAUCGGUUUCCCUGCAUGAGAAGAGUGGCGGCUGGAAUCAUUACGACCUUGCCAGUUUUCAGGCCCCUGGACCAAGAGAGCGGGGUGUCAGGAGAGAACGAGGAGGCAUACAAGGGACAAGGCACGGAUCAGAGCCAUGGAGGAAUCUCGUCCACCAGGUCAUCUCCCUUUGCCGUUCUGCCGCCGCUCACCGUGUGCGGGCAAAAAGAAGGAAAAAGCCAGUGGCGCCUUUGCUCCUGUUAGCAAGCAAGGCCUUCUGAAAGGCAGCCUCACCUGUACAGGCAUGCAAUCUGAUAGGUAGGGCUCUGGGUCCCCACACGCGGGUUGAAGAACACUGUGCCACGGCAGAGGAGGGGAGGGUCUUGUUUUUCUUGUGAGGAGAGAGGUCCGGCCUGGGCUGGAUAGGAAGGUGCCCUCCCAGCCUUUUCUCUUUUCUGUGUAGCAGUGGUCAAAAGAUACAGGCCCAGCCUGCUCCACUGGUCCAGUCUGGUACUGUUCGGACUUAAAUUGUUUACCUUGCAAAUGAAACUGGGAAACUGCCCCCCCCCCCCCAUUACCUUGGCCAGAGAAAUGGGAUAGAAUCUUGUGGGCCAGAUCAAGCUGCCUUUGUGGCUCACAGGCCAUCCCUGCCACCAUGCAUCUCCUGGUUGCCUUCCCAUCCCGAGUUCUUUUUCUCCCCAGCCUCUCUCCCUCCCUCCCCCUCGAAAGCCUCAUUUCUGUGUGGGUGGAUGAGUGUAAGGUGGGGUGUGUUUUUUUUGCACUGUCUGAAUGUGGCAUCUGCCUGUUUGGCCAAGACCACCUGCUUCAACACUUCCUUGGCUUGUGAAAUUCUCCUAUUAUGAA